CUUGGUUGUGAUUCAUUAUUUAUAUUCUUUCAACACUUUUGAUUUGUUUGAGCUUAACUCUAGCCUAAAAAUAUCAUAUAUAUAUCUCUAUUUUACACAAAAUAGCAUUUUUGGUAGACCAUUCCUUCUAUCCUGGCCAAGCCUGACGAUUCAUACCGUAUCUUAUGAUUGUAGAUCCCGGACAAAUUUGCUCACAGACACAAAGUAUCAGUGUGUAGUGAAUUAAUAUAAACGCUGGAAUGCUGUAAAUAUUUUAACUUUAUAGUUAUCCUGUAAAUCCUUAUUGAUUGUUAUAUUUCAUUUUUUAUAAUAAAUAUAACGUAUACAAUUUUUAAUAUUCAGUUACAAACAUUAUAAAUGGCUACUAAACGUACGGCAACUACAGAUUUAAAUCAUGAUAAUUGGAAUGAAGAAAACGAACCUGAAGAUGCAGGAACAUUUACAAAGGCAUCUGACGAAAUUCUUCAGAAAAGAGUAAUUAAAGCUGCUAGGCGUAGGUUAGCUCCAAAAGAUGAAACAAGCAAAAAUGCAUUUGGUGGAUUUACAGGUUUCAACACCCCAACUACUAGUUCAUCUCCAUUUAAUUUUUUAGCAUCUACAAGUACUACUUUUCAAUCAUCAUCCUCGGCAAUAUCAAACACGAAUAGUGGAAUUACCAAAAGUUCAGAAAAUGGAACUAGUAAGACAGAAAAUGUCCAACAAGUCAAACCAUCAUUAACUGAAAAAUCUGAAAAUGAACAAGAAAAUGACAAAGUUUCUAAAAAAUCUCCAGAAUACUUUGCGCAAUUAAAAGGAUUAAAUGAAAGUGUUGCACAGUGGAUUAAAACACAUGUAGAUGCAAAUCCAUUUUGUAUUUUAACACCUAUAUUUAAGGAUUAUGCAAAUUAUUUAAAUGAAAUAGAAUUAAAAUAUGGGAAUGAAUCUAAGAAACCAAAACAUGAUGAACAAACUUCAUCUGGAAAGGAUAACACCAAGGAAAAUAAUAGCAAAGAUAGUAGUAAUAAAAGUGAAAGUGAUAGUACUCAUGAAGUUACAAAUGUAAAAGCUUAUUCUGGAGUAUCAGAUUGGAAACCAGAAAAAUCAAUCUUUGGAAAUGUCAGUGUUAAUGCUAAAUCAAUAUUUGGUAAUACAGAACAAAAAUCAGAUACUCCAAAAUCUAUUUUUAAUAACAUAGAGCAACUUACCAACAUACAGAAACCAAUUUUUGGUAAUGUUGAGACAAAGACAACUAAUAAAAAUAUAUUUGACAAACCAAAUUCUGAAAGAAACCCACUAUUGACUAAGCCAACUUCAGGUUCAGAAAUUAAAGAUGAUAAUGAAUCAAAAUCUGAUAAAAUAAGUAGUGGUCUUACAUUUACAUCCUCUAAUACUACUACAUUUAGUUUUGGUCAAAGUUCUACAGCUACUAGCCCAUCUGCUGGUUUUAGUUUUGGAAAUACAAAACCAUUCUCAUUUGGAGCUCAAGUCGUAAAAUCACAAGAUAACGAGGACAAAUCUGAAAAUCAAUCUAAAGAUGAUGAUGCUGAGGAACCUCCAAAACCAGACUUUAAACCAGUUACAGAAGAAGGAGCAAUCUAUGAACAAAGAUGUAAGGUGUUUAUUAAAAAAGACGGCGUUUUUAGUGAUAGGGGUAUAGGGACAUUGUUUUUGAAACCAACGCCAAACGGAAAGACGCAGUUAAUAGUACGAGCAGAAAAUUCAUUGGGAAAUUUAUUGUUGAAUACUUUAUUAACUGAAAGUAUUCCUACACAACGUAUGAAUAAAAAUACCAUAAUGUUGGUUUGUCUGCCAGAUUCACAACCUCCACCUACACCAGUUUUGUUAAGAGUGAAAACUAGUGAAGAUGCAGAUGUUUUACUAGAAACUUUAAAUAAACAUAAAAAAUAAAUUGAAAAUAAAAUAUCUAGGUACUGUAUUUGACUAGCAUAAUGAGAAUACUAUAUAAGCAUAAUGAGAUAACUAUAAGAGAAGAAAGCAUAAUGAGAUAACUAUGAGAGUACACAGUAUGUUGCAACAAAUUUAAUAUCAUAGGUAAAAAUUUUUAAGUUAGAACAUAAAUGUGUUAAUUGUUGCAUCAUCUUAUACUCUUACUAUAUUAUGCUACUACCAUUUUUGAAGUAAAGAUGCCAUUAUCAACUACUCGUAUGAUUAUGUAUAAAAGCUUUAAAGCAAAAUUAAUGUGUGUGCAACGUUCGUGAUUAGAUAAAUAUUAUAUUGUAUAUUUGAAACUUACCCUGUUAACACAGGUAAUAUUUGUAAUAUAUUUGACAUUUCGUAUGACUUUAACAGUUUUUUUGUUUUGUCCAGAAAAAAUAAUGAAAAGAUCUUUAGAAAUUGUAAUGGCAUUUGCAGUUAACUUUUCAAUUCAUAAAAGAGUAAUAACAAAAUUGCAUUAUUAAAAAAUGGUAUAUAUCAUUAAAAAAAAUAAGUGUUUCUAAAAAUAUUAUAUUCUUUUUCAUUUAUCAAUCAUUCAUUAGUUUCAAUUUCUUAAACUUUCAAAACGUUUAGAUAUUCUUAUUUUCUUGAUUAAAUAAUUUAAAUUAUAAUUUCUUUUAAUAAAUUUUGUAUUUUCAAAUAUAUAACAUAAGUAUGCUUAUUAAAAUUACAAAAAUUUGUUCAUUAUCAAACAAAUACUACAUAAAUGUAUCAAUAUAAUUUUUUAUUAUAUUGAUAAUGAUGUUAUAGUGCAUGUCUGUAAUGAAUAGCACACUAUGGAAUUGUCUGAUGUAUGACAUUAAAAAUAUAAGUUUUAUAUAUUAUACGGUCAUGUCUAGUAAAUAUUGAAUAUAAACCAUGAAAAGAAUAAAUGCUAUUUUUUUCUUAGAA